AUGCUAACAGUACACAGGGCAAAGCUCACAGAUGACCCCCAGAUCCAAUAUGCGUCUUUGCAUAACCCGCUCCCACUGCAGUUGCAUACCUAUGUUUGGCCGUUCUUGAUCAUUUGGCCCGUGUUCUUCGCCUUCUAUCUCUCCCCUGAGCGCUAUGAUACCUACAUCCAGGGCCAGGAAUGGACCUUCGUUUGGGCGGGAUCUAUCAUCACGGCCCAGUCGCUCCUGUGGUUGAUGACCAAGUGGAACAUCAACCUCAACACGUUGUUCACCACUACCCGAGCCAAUUCCGUUGAUACCGCGCGUCUGGUCAAGAUUAUCCCUAUCACCAACGCCGGCUCCGCCGAGAUCUGCCCGCUCAUCCGCGAUAACUCCGGUGGAAAGAAGACACUUUCGUUCCUAUUCCAGAAGCGCCGCUUUCUUUUCUAUCCGGAAACUGGCUUAUUUGCUCCGCUGUCCUACGCCCUCGAUGAGGAACCCAAGCCCGCCCUGAAGGUUUUUCAACAGAGCAAGGGCCUGUCCACCAAGGCCGAGAUCGACCGCGUGCAACACCACUAUGGCGAUAAUACCUUCGAUAUCCCUGUUCCCACUUUUACCGAGCUCUUCCAGGAGCAUGCCGUGGCACCAUUCUUCGUAUUCCAAGUGUUCUGCGUUGGACUCUGGAUGUUGGAUGAAUACUGGUACUACUCGCUCUUCACGCUCUUCAUGCUCGUCGCUUUUGAGAGCACUGUGGUAUGGCAGCGCCAGAGAACUCUCAACGAGUUCCGUGGAAUGAACAUCAAGCCUUACGAUGUGUGGGUGUACCGCGAGAACAAAUGGCAGGAAAUCACUAGUGAUAAGCUUCUCCCCGGUGAUCUGAUGUCUGUGAACCGUACCAAGGAAGAUGGCGGUGUUGCUUGUGAUAUCCUCUUGAUCGAGGGCAGUGUGAUCGUGAACGAGGCAAUGCUCUCUGGAGAGAGUACCCCGCUCCUCAAAGACUCGAUUCAGCUCCGACCUGGUGAUGAUUUGAUUGAGCCCGAUGGACUGGAUAAGAACUCGUUCGUGCACGGAGGAACCAAGGUUCUUCAGAUCACGCACCCCAACACCAACGGAGACCAGAAUUCACAGAUUUUGCCUAAUGGUGUCACGCCGCCUCCAGACAAUGGGGCUGUCGGUGUGGUUGUGAAGACCGGCUUCGAGACCAGCCAGGGUAGCCUUGUGCGGACCAUGAUCUACUCCACUGAGCGUGUUUCUGCCAACAAUGCCGAGGCCUUGUUGUUUAUUCUGUUCCUCCUGAUUUUCGCAAUUGCCGCCUCGUGGUACGUGUGGCAGGAGGGUGUGAUCAAGGAUCGCAAGAGAUCCAAGCUGCUUCUGGACUGUGUUCUCAUUAUCACGAGUGUCGUUCCUCCCGAGCUUCCCAUGGAGCUGAGCCUUGCUGUCAACACCAGUCUCGCAGCGCUUAGCAAGUUUGCGAUCUUCUGCACCGAGCCUUUCCGGAUUCCGUUCGCCGGCCGUGUUGACAUUGCCUGCUUUGACAAGACUGGUACACUGACUGGAGAGGACUUGGUUGUCGACGGUAUUGCUGGCCUUACCCUGGGUCAGGCUGAUGCCAAGGUUGAAGCCGAUGGUGCUCACACGGAUUUGUCGAAGGCCUCGGUCGUUAGCCCUGACACCACUCUUGUGCUUGCUAGUGCCCACGCUCUGGUGAAGCUGGAUGAAGGUGAAGUUGUUGGUGAUCCAAUGGAGAAGGCUACUCUACAAUGGCUGGGCUGGACCCUGGGCAAGAACGAUACUCUUACUUGCAAGGGAAACGCACCCAUCGUUGGGUCCCGUCCUGUGGAGUCUGUUCAUGUCAAGAGAAGAUUCCAAUUUUCUUCAGCUUUGAAGCGCCAGAGUACUAUCGCCACUGUCACCACCAUCGAGCCGACAACCUCCAAGAAGAGCAAGUCCACUUUUGUUGGUGUCAAGGGUGCUCCCGAGACUAUCCAGACCAUGCUUGUUAAUACCCCUCCCAACUACGAGGAGACCUUCAAGUACUUCACUCGCAAUGGUGCCCGUGUUCUUGCUCUUGCCUACAAGUAUCUUUCCACAGAGUCCGAGCUUUCCCAGGGCCGCGUGAACAACUAUGUCCGAGAGGAGGUCGAGUCUGAGCUGAUCUUUGCUGGUUUCCUUGUCCUGCAAUGCCCCCUGAAGGAGGAUGCCAUCAAAUCCGUCCGCAUGCUGAACGAAAGCAGCCACCGUGUCGUCAUGAUCACUGGUGACAACCCUCUGACUGCUGUCCAUGUCGCCCGUCAAGUCGAGAUCGUGGAUCGAGAGGUCGUUAUUCUCGAUGCCCCUGAGCAUGACAACUCCGGAACUAGACUUGUCUGGCGCACUAUCGAUGACAAAUUUAGCACGGACGUUGACCCGACUCAGCCUCUGGACCCGGAGAUUUUGAAGAGCAAGGAUAUCUGCAUCACUGGCUACGCUCUGGCCAAAUUCAAGGAUCAGAAGGCUCUCCCUGACUUGCUUCGCCACACGUGGGUUUAUGCCCGUGUGUCUCCCAAGCAGAAAGAAGAAAUUCUGCUUGGCCUCAAGGACGCUGGUUACACCACUCUCAUGUGCGGUGAUGGUACUAACGAUGUCGGCGCCCUUAAGCAGGCCCACGUUGGUGUUGCCCUUCUGAACGGCUCGCCCGAGGAUCUGACCAAGAUUGCUGAUCACUACCGGACGACCAAGAUGAAGGAGCUGUACGAGAAGCAGGUUGGCAUGAUGCAGAGAUUCAAUCAGCCUACCCCGCCCGUGCCUCUGCCCAUCGCGCACCUCUAUCCACCCGGUCCUACCAACCCGCACUACCAGAAGGCUAUUGAGCGAGAGAUCGAGAAGAAGGGUGCUACCGCUGCCGCUGCCGCUGCCGCCAAGCCUGCCGACGAGAUCCCAACUAUUACCUCGCCCGGUGCCCAAGCCCUACAGCAGUCGAACGCCAGCCUUACUCCCCACCAACAGCGCCAGCAGCAGGCCCAGGCUGCCGCUGCCGGUCUUGCCGAUAGGCUUACCUCAUCCAUGUUAGAGGCGGAGCUGGAUGAUAGCGAGCCGCCCACCAUUAAGCUGGGUGAUGCUUCCUGUGCUGCGCCUUUCACCAGCAAGCUGGCCAACGUUAUCGCUAUUCCGAACAUUAUUCGCCAGGGUCGUUGCACUUUAGUUGCUACGAUCCAAAUGUACAAGAUUCUUGCCUUGAACUGCUUGAUCAGUGCCUACAGUCUGAGUGUCAUCUACCUCGAUGGCAUCAAGUUCGGUGACGGUCAGGUUACCAUCAGCGGUAUGAUGAUGAGCGUCUGCUUCUUGUCUAUUUCUCGCGCCAAGUCUGUUGAGGGUUUAUCCAAGGAGCGCCCGCAGCCGAACAUCUUCAAUGUGUAUAUCAUUGGGUCCGUUCUUGGACAGUUCGCUAUUCACAUUGUGACCCUGAUCUAUUUGACCAACUAUGUUUAUAAGAUCCAACCGAGAGAUGACAAUGUUGAUCUCGAGGGCGAAUUUGAACCGUCUCUUCUGAACAGCGCCAUCUACCUGCUCCAGCUGAUCCAGCAAAUUUCCACUUUCUCCAUCAACUACCAGGGUCGCCCCUUCCGCGAGUCCAUUCGCGAGAACAAAGCUAUGUACUGGGGCCUGGUUGCCGCCUCUGCCGUCGCAUUCUCCUGUGCGACCGAGUUCAUACCCGAGAUCAACGAGAAGCUGCGCCUGGUUCCUUUCACCACCGAGUUCAAGGUCACUCUGACCGUGCUGAUGAUCUUCGACUACGGCGGCUGCUGGCUGAUUGAGAAUGUGCUUAAGAACUUGUUCAGCGACUUCCGUCCCAAGGAUAUCGCCGUCCGCCGCCCUGAUCAGCUGAAGCGUGAGGCUGAGCGCAAGGCCAAGGAGCUGGCCGAAGCUGAAGCCCAGAAGGAGGAGCAGCGGAAGGUUUAA